UGCGUGCAUCAGUGUGUGCGUGUGGAGAGAGAGAGAGAGAGACUGGCAAAGAAUGAGAAUAGAGAGGAGGGAAUAAAGGAGGGAGGAUGGAGGUGGAUUCUUGCUGGGCUCAUCUCCAACACAUGGUACUUGUAGCUUGAGCAGACAAAAGGAAGUGUUGGGGUUGAAGGAGGGAGAUUUAAUAGGAAAGGGUGUCGGAUACUUCUGUUUUGGUGGACUGGUUUGAAUCCAUUCGUCUUGGCUUUCAUUGCCUUUGCCUCCUCACCCUCCUCCCCCACUUCCUCCUUGUGCCUGUGUUUGUGGGCAUUGCGUUUUCCUUUUGUUACAAGUCAUCUUCUUAAAUAUUCUUGAAGGAAUGGAAGAAAGCAAACAGGAGGCGGUCGAAAGUGAGAACAAUAGAAAGUUUAGAAGGAUAUGUGUCUUCUGUGGAAGUAGGUCAGGAAAUAGGACUUCAUUCAGUGAUGCAACUCUUGACCUUGGGAAGCAACUGGUUCAGAGAAAAAUAGACCUAGUUUAUGGUGGUGGAAGUGCAGGCCUGAUGGGCCUAAUAUCUCAAACUGUUUACAAUGGUGGAUGCCAUGUUCUUGGAGUCAUUCCUAAAGCUCUCCUGCCGCAUGAGAUAUCAGGAGAGACCGUUGGAGAGGUAAAGAUAGUUGCAGACAUGCAUGAGAGGAAGUCAGAAAUGGCUAAACAUGCUGAUGCUUUUAUUGCUCUUCCAGGUGGUUAUGGAACCAUGGAGGAACUUCUGGAGAUAAUAGCAUGGUCUCAGCUUGGAAUCCAUGACAAACCCGUGGGGUUGCUGAAUGUGGAUGGGUACUACGACAGUCUGCUUGCACUGUUUGACCAAGGAGUAGACGAAGGCUUCAUAGAGGAGUCAGCAAGACACAUUGUGGUUUCAGCAGGAAGGGCAGAGGAGCUGAUCAGGAAAAUGGAGGAAAAUAAUGGAGAGAAAAGGAAGGGAACCACAAGCCUAAAGAGAAAAAGGAGCUGUUAGAGUUGAAUUCAUUUGUUUGAUGGCUUCAUUCUCUUUCUUUAUUUGUUUAUGUUUUGGUUCCAUUUGGUUGGUUGCUGAAUUAUUGAGUUGGUUGGCAGAAACAAAGGUUUCAGGGAAAAGCAGGGAAUGAUAUGUUGUUUUUCACUGCUGCUUGCAGGAGUAUGCACCACUUUAUGACAGGUUUUCACCCAGACAAAUCUGGGAAGUGGACCAAUUAUUAGUGUCUGCUACAAGUGGGCAUACUCCUAUGUCUUAAAAAUAAGCUCAACUCCCUUUUGUGUGUAUAAAU